ACUAUUGCCGUCACAUUUCAAAAACCAGAUUGUUGAAGCAUUAGGCUUUAGAAGUAUAAAAAGAGAAAAUGAAAGGGAAUUAGCUACUUUAUUAGAUUUAUUUAUUUAUCUAUUUUGCAAACUCUUCUUUGCGUUUGGUUAAUCCAUACUACAACUAGAGUAGCUUAAGCUCACGGAAUUGAUCAAAGCUUCAUUCACGCAUCCAUUAACGUAUCGUGUAUAAAGGAUGGGCAUAUGGCAACAAUGGCUUUUGGUAGCUACACUUGCAGAGACGCCACAAUGAUGCUUUCAUCCGCCAUUGAUGACCUUAAGGCCCAGCCCCUCUGGCUUCUUCUUCCCACCUCUCUUGGCUUCCUCACCCUCUCCAAAUCCUUCAUUUCCCUUCUCCACUGGCUCUUCCUCACCUUCCUCAGACCCCCCAAGAACCUCCUCGCCAGCUACGGUUCCUGGGCCCUCGUCACCGGCGCCUCCGACGGCAUCGGCAAAGCCUUCGCCUUCCAACUCGCCGGCAAAGGCCUCAACCUCAUCCUGGUCAGCCGGAACCCCGAAAAGCUCCGAGCGGUCUCCAGCGAAGUCAGGGCGAAGUUUCCGAACACCGAGGUCAAGAUUGUGGCUUUGGACUUCUCCGGUGACAUCGCCGCCGGGGCGCGGCUGAUAGAGGAGGCGGUGGAAGGGCUGGAGGUGGGGGUUCUGGUGAACAACGCGGGGGUGACGUACCCGGCGGCGAGGUUCUUCCACGAGGUGGAGGAGGAAGUGAUGACGGGGGUGGUGAGGGUGAACUUGGAGGGCACCACGAGGGUGACCAGAGCCGUUCUGCCGGCGAUGUUGAAGUUGGGCAGAGGCGCAAUUGUGAAUAUUGGGUCCGGAGCUGCCAUUGUUGUACCUUCCCAUCCUCUGUUCGCCCUCUAUGCUGCAACAAAAGCUUAUGUUGACAAGUUGUCUACAUCUCUGUCAGUGGAGUACAAGAGCCGCGGGAUUCAAAUUCAAUGCCAGGUUCCACUGUAUGUGGCUACUAAAAUGGUGUCAAACAAGAGAUCAUCAUUCUUCACACCAUCUCCAGAAGAGUAUGCCGGAGCAGCGGUCCGGCGGAUCGGUCAGGAGGAGGCCCGGUGCAUGCCCUACUGGCCUCACUCCCUCCAGUGGUGCUUCGCCUCCUUCUUCCCCGACUCCCUUCUCGACAUCUGGCGCCUCUCCAUUGGCAUCCAGAGAAGGGCCGGCACGUUGCCACCUUCAUCCCUUUAACCCGUAAUACCACAUUACCAUCAUUAUUGCCAUCGAUCAUUAAGGAUCAUUUUAGGUAAAGGAUUCUAUUUGGAAGAAGGAAAGGAAAGGAAAGGCAUUGUAUCAUCCUUCUGAAAUGCUACUAAAUAAUUUAUUUCAAAAGUGAUGAAAAAUUAGGAAAAAAUAAAUAUUAAUGAUUUAUAAAAUCAAAAUUCUGUUCGUA